UAGAACAAUAUGGAUGAUUGUGGAAGUAGAAGUAAACAACUGGAGCAAUUACUAACUGAAUAUCAAAAACGCUUGCAACUUGAUAAAGACAGUGAUUUUUCAGAAGUCCACAGUUUUGGGCCAUACAAUUUUCAUCAAGAACACAACAAGUUUAAGAGUUUGUUAAAUGGAAUACAUUCAAGAUGCAAGCAAUGUAAAUCAUGGAGUAACUCAAAGCAUGCUGUUAAAGCAUUUGUUGAUCGACAACAGCAAGUCAAGCAUUUAAUGCCAAUCAAAACAUAUAUUGCAGAAUGCCUUGACAAAAUACAGGGAGUAAUAAGAGAAAAUAAUUUAACAGAUACAAUUCAUCGUUUGGAGUUAAUUACAAGACAAGUUGGACUUAAAUUCGAUGUCAGCACAACGUGUCUUGAGUGUUUUAUUAGCUCUGAUAUGUUUUAUGUGGAGGUACAGUUAAAGGAAAAUGGCAAUAUUUUGGAGGUGAAAGUUCAACAUUAUGGCGAUCUAGAGCCCGCGACCUGUCCAGCAUUAACAGCGAUUUUAAGGCGUCGUGAUUAUACUGAGUUUCUUAAGCACAUGCAAGGAUUGGCCAAUUUGUAUCAACUUACUGGUGAUGCAUUUCAAAAAAGCAAGAUUUUCUUGGCUUUAGUUUCUUUAGAAAAGGAUCUUGAAAAGAUUGCUUGCUCUGACGGUGAAAAAUUGUUUGAAGAAAAUGUUCUUGGAGGACCAGUUGGUUUUCUUACCCAACGACAAGGAGGUCAACUAAUGCACCUUACAUAUUUUGCGACACCUUUGGAAUUACGCAAUGAAAAUGUUUCUAAAAUGAAUGAAAACUUUGAUUUGCAUUCUUUUGUUCUUUCGAAGUUUGGCCGUUCGUUAUCAAUAUCUGUCGAACAGAGUAAGCCAAGGCUUUUACCUACAAGCUCUCUCUUAUCUGGAGAAUUCUCUGCCGACAAACCAGGAAACCCUUUUCUGUCCAUCAACGAGUCCAAUAGCGAGCAACUACCAGCCAGCUUUGUUCUGCAUCUCGACAAACCCCUGGUUGUGUCCGCGGCCAUACUGGAGAAGAUCCACUCGAUGUUGGAAAAUUUUAAAGGAGAGAAGUUUGUCCAAAACUCAAGAGCACACUUGGACUGUUUGAUUAUAAAAAAGUGGCUAAAAGAAAGAAAUAUGCAGUAUUCCUCACAAAUGGCAUAUCGUCAGAAACUUCCUGAAGAAGAACACGUCUAUCGUAUUUCCGAGAAAGAUCUUCAAGGAAGUUUGUCACUCAACAGUAAUGUGGGGGUGGUUAUAUCACGAAUUCCUUUCACACAUUGUCAAAAUGUCGUGAAAAUAAUUCGGCUUCUUCGUCAACAGCUCGUGUACAAUCAUAUACUAACCAGUGUUCUUUCUUCACAAACCGUACAUGAUAAUGGUCAAGUAGAGUACAAUGGCCCGUGUUUUGAUGUCAGUACUUCUAAUCCAUUUGUUGUCGUGAUUACAUUUGAAGAACCUAUCACGUCAAGCUUAGCAUCAGUUGAGUUUCAAGUGAAACCAGAUUUCAAUAUCGGCGUAAGGUUCAAUCCACGCAAAACUGCUUUUUACGAUUGCGGUUACGUCUCAAGGGUUAUACAGAAGUGCCUGUCAAUUCCAGUGACUAUGAAAUAUAUUUUCAAGAAAGCGAGGAAUAUGCAAGCAAACAACGAAACAUCGAUGGUGGUUGAUGUUGACGAAACGGACUCAACGUAUAUUGAAACACCGGGCAUACAUUCUGGACAAGUUCCUCCACAGUCCAGCGCUUACAACCUGCUGGCAUCGAUGAUCGCAAGCUCUGAUGCUACACCCACACUCUCUGGAGCCAACCCAGGUUACGCUCUCCCCCUUUUAUCGCCGUCACCCACCUUGCCGAAUAGGCUUCAAACACCCUCACCCUCCGCUUCGAAUUUUCCAUUCGUUUUCCAAACGCACCAGGAUAAGGAACACGAACCGUUCCCAACCCAGAAUAUUUCCGCCCCGAGCAAAGGUAUUGAACAACAACCACAGCCACCGCCAACAAAACCGCCACCCAUCAAACUUAAGAUUAAAAAAGUUGCCAGUAAUUACAUCAUCGAGACGCCAAAAGAUAAUAAGCUAGAGCCACCCCCCGCGAUGGACAAUACACCUCCUGCCACUCAGUUCCAAGUACCGUUCGACACGGGGGGUUUCACAGCCGAUGCCGAUGAUAUACUUACAGGCGUUCCAUUUUCCCAAAGCGGUAGUGUCGAACACCUUAUGCCCGCAGCGCCUGUUCAAGUAGAUUUCCAACCGGCGUCUGUUUCAUUCGCUGAUGUCGAUCAUUCGGCAUUUCUGCCGGGCGCAGUCAGCACGAGUGUUUCCGGAACAACGAGGAAUACUGAUGUUGAAGGCAUUUUUCAAACCCUUCCCGGGGGUGCAACAAGUUCACCAGGUGGCCUCGAUGUUGAGGAAGCUUACGAAUUUGACACGGCAUUAGACCCAACGUUCGAUAUUGAAGCGGAGAUCAAUGCUGCUGGUGUAGGCACUGUGACGUCAGAUGGCAGUGGUUUUGAUAUUAGUAAUGUCUAUGAACCUGGUGCUUCAACUUCCUCGACCCCAGCUAUGACCGCGGGUUUUGAUAUCGAUCCGACAUUUGAUCUGGAAACUAUAUUGGCAUCUGGAUCACAAACAAGUGAUGAUUGGCCCGAUGAAGCUUAGCGAAGGAACUGAUUGGUAGUAUGGAGGAUCGAACUACUUUGUAGGGAAGUAAGUGGCGGCGUUGGAAUUGUAAUAAUCGUGCGAACUAUUAUUAAUAGCAUCUCGUGUCAGAACCACUCCCAGAGAAUGCAGAGAUGUAAAAUGUCAAUGACACUAAUGAACAAUCAUUGGAUGAGGUUAAUAAUAAGUUUGAGUUGUCCACCAAAGCUGGGGUGAAUAGCACAAACAAGGGACUUAGUAAAGCUCAUUAUUAUAAGAAAUCAGUAGAACUUCUUUAUUCGCUAAUAUAGCCGCGUCUCGAGCCGCGUGUGAAAUCGUCAUGUCCAACGGGUAAAGUCAUACACGUUUUUGCGUUAUAACGUGGACGAGAAAGUCGUAUUCCAUGUGGUUUGUAAGUCAUAGGAGCGGGAAUGUUCAACAUCAAAAAUGCGAGCUAACAGAGUUGCGAUCUUCUUUUUUGAAUAAUAAAAUAAUUAUUGAAUUUGAUUUUC